AUGCUGACUGAAGAGGCCCUCCAGAGUUCAACUGAGAACUGGCAGGCAGAUUUCCAGCAGAGUAAACUCUCCAGAGUUUCAGUAAGAAGAGUACAGACAUUAAGCCAGUGUAAGAAUGAUGUGGACAAAAUGACGGAGCAGAUCACAUAUAAUAAUCCCCUGUUCAACAUGCCGCUGAGGAGUAACGAUUACCACCUCCAGCAUGAUGAUCUGACACCAACAAAAUCCAGAAGACAGUGGCGUUUUACUCUCCUAAUAAUCUAUCUCAUCUUACAGACAGCCUUCGAUAUUUUUCUCAUUUAUAAAGUUUUAACGAUGGAUUGUACACCAGCAAGGAACUCAGCAGAAAGACAAACCUAUUACAGCAACUUCGACCUCAGCCUGGUCGUCAACAACAGCCAGGAAACCAAAAACCUUCGGAGCCAUCUAUGGGAUUUGCAAAAUCAGGUCACAAGCCUUUGUGGUGCGGAAGGUCAGUUACAAAGAUUAAGGGCUGACUUGAACCAACUCAAUGCUAGCAACCACAACCUGGAAAACACAAUGACAACCAUUAGAGUUCAAACAGGUCCGAAAGGAGAAAGAGGGCCAAAAGGUGACAGCGGGAUUCCUGGUGCUCCAGGUCAAAGGGGAGAAGCAGGACUCAAAGGGGGGAAAGGAGAGCCAGGGGCUCCUGGUGAGGUAGGUCCCAGAGGUCAAGUAGGAAAUGAAGGAACACCAGGCAGAAAGGGGGAUCCAGGAGAGCUUGGUCCACCAGGUCCUCGUGGAGAAAAAGGUGACCCUGGAGUUUCUGGACAGACAGGAAGUCCUGGACUGCCUGGUCUUAAAGGACAAAAAGGAGACCCUGGAAGUACUGGUCCUCAGGGACCCCCAGGUGCAAGAGGACCAGCAGGAACUAAUGGAACCCAAGGUCCACCUGGACCACAAGGAUUACAAGGACAAAAGGGCGAGUCAAAUAUGCAGUUGAAUGUGCGUCUAGUACCUGGGAGAAACAGAGGAAGAGUGGAAGUCAUGCAUAAUAAUGUUUGGGGUACUAUCUGCGAUGACUCGUUUGACCUUCUGGAUGGAAGAGUGAUCUGUAAGAUGCUAGGGUUCCAGUCUGCUAUUCACCACUUCACUGCUGCCCCUGGUGUCGGUAAGAUAUGGCUGGAUGAGCUGCAGUGCACAGGAACAGAGUCUGAUAUCUUUAACUGUCGUCACUCUGAAGUUGGUGUUCACAACUGUAAGCAUAAUGAGGAUGUGGGGGUGCAAUGUGCAUAGACGGAGACAGAAGAUGGAGUUUACCGCGUAAACAGAGUUACAUUAGACUGCUGCG